UGAACAUUUUUUCCUUUCUUCAAAGUCAUAAUUGUUAAUGGUAAAAUUGAACGAAAAGUUCCUCCAAUCAAAUGAAUUCAAGGAAGAAUUUGAUAGGUAAAUACUCAAACUAUAAAAACUAUGUUACUUAUGCUGAUAUGACAUGUUUAUUAGAAUCACAAGAAAUGGCGAUCCUUUGACUCUUACAGGAUCUGCUAUUAAAAAAGAACUGGAAGAUAUCUUUGGAUUUGAACGCAAUUCAUUGAAGAAAGAACCAUUCAAGGGUAUACUGAAUGUCAUGAUCAACGACUAUGUGUCUAAUUUAGAGAAUCAAGAAGACCUUGAGAAAGGUAAUCAACAAGACAAUGCGGAAAUCACUAGUAAUACAAGCGACAAUAAAGGUGAUACUGAACAAUUGGAUCAACCAAAUACGCAUCAGGACUCUAAAGAAGAAGAAGAAAAACCAGCAAUAUCAACCAAACGAAAGCGAAAAACAACCAUCAAACAACCACAAAGCGACACAGAAGAAGAAGAAAAAGAGGUGUCAGACCAUCAUGAAUCCCAUCCUACCACCAGUGACGAAGAUGAUAGCAAAGCCUCUGAACCUACUACGCCACCUAUAUCAUCAUCGACAAAAAAACAACGACCAUCAAAGGGUCAACCUGAAAAGAAGGGAUCGACUCGUAAUAUAAAGAGUACCAAAACAACUUCUCCUGACGAUGAAACUAUCAAACGAUUGAAAUCAUAUAUCUAUAAAUGUGGGGUACGCAAAGUAUGGCAAAAGGAAUUGGCUGAUUGUCCAACAAAGAAAUCACAGAUUAACAAGUUGAAGAAAAUCUUACAAGACUUGGGUAUGGAUGGACGACCGACUCUAGAGAAGUGUGAAGCCAUCAAAGCUGAAAGGGAACUUAGGGCUGAAAUUGAUAGUUUGAAUACUGAAAACAUUUUGGAUGAUUCUACUAAUGGACCAAGUCUUCGCUCAACAAGAUCAAAUCGAACAAAGAAACGCCGUAUUAUUGAAGAUGAAGACGACGAUGACUCCUCUACUGACAAACCUGAAUCUACUCCUUUGGAUGUUUCCUUUUUGGGUGAUCAAUCAGACGAUGAUAGUGAUUAGUGUAUCUUAGUUUAUCAUUUAAGUUUAUCAUUUAAAUAUAUAUAUCUGUUUUAUUUACUUUCUAAUCAAUAAAAUAAAAAAAAUAGAAAAUAAAA